CGGGCUUCCUGUCUCUUCGUUUACAUACAUCUCUGCAGAAGUAACAAGCACUCUCCUCAGUGGGCUCCUGGUUGCAGAGCUCCCAGCCUUCACAUAGACACACCUGUGUGAGAAGCAGAGGGGAGGAAAGUCACAGGCCCGGAGACCCUGCCCUUCGUGCGGGGAAGGCCCAGGUCCCUGCCCGCCUCAGCAAGGCCGCGAUGAGUCGACGAGCUGCUCUUAGGCAGCUGCUCCUGGUGCUGCAGCUGGCAAUGCUCCCCACGGCCACUCCAGGAAGAGAAGUCGUGUUGGGGAAGGCGGGAGACACAGCGGAGCUGCCCUGCCACGGCUCCUCGGGGAAGAACGAAGGCUUCAGCUGGAAACAUUCUUCCACGCUCAAGAUUCUGGAGUAUGGGCGCUCCUUCCCAGUUAGAGGUGCCUCCAGGCUGAAGCAUCGUGUCGAAACGAAACAAAACCUGUGGGAUCAAGGAUCCUAUCCUCUGAUCAUCAAGGACCUUGAAGUGGUGGACUCAGGGGUUUACUUCUGUGAGGUAGCGGGCAAGACGCGAGAGGUGGAGCUGCUGGUGUUCGACGUGACUGCCAAGUGGGACACCGGCCGCAGCAGCAGCAGCAACAUCCGCCUGCUGCAAGGGCAGCGGCUGACCCUGACCGUGGAGGGCCCGUCUGGUAGCAGCCCUUCCGUGCAAUGGAAAGGUCCAGGGAAUAAAAGCAAGGGCAGUGGCCAAAGCCUCUCGCUGUCCGGGCUGGAGCUGCAGGACAGUGGUACCUGGACAUGUACCAUCUCCCAGAACCAGGAGACAGCGGUGUUCCACAUAAACAUCUUGGUGCUGGCUUUCCAGAAGGUCUCUAACACAGUCUAUACAAAGGAAGGGGAUCAGGUGGAGUUCUCCUUCCCGCUUAGCUUCGAGGAUGAAAACCUGAGCGGGGAGCUGAGGUGGCAGGCAGAGGGGGCUCCCUCCUCCCUGCUCUGGAGCUCCUUCGUCUUGGAGAACAGGAAGCUGUCUGUGAAAGAGCUCCACGUCCCCAAACUCCAGCUGAAGGAAUCGCUCCCACUCAGCUUUAUCCUGUCCCAGGCUUCGUCUCGGUAUGCUGGCUCUGGAACCCUCACUCUGAGUCUUGCCAAGGGGACACUGCAGCGGGAAGUGAAUCUCGUGGUGAUGAGAGUGACUAAGUCUAAGAACAAUUUGACCUGCGAGGUGCUGGGACCCACCUCCCCUGAGCUGACGCUGAGCUUGAAUCUGGAAGAGCAGGCUGCCAAGAUCUCGAAGCGGCAGAAGCUGGUGUUGGUGAUGGACCCUGAGGGGGGCACAUGGCAGUGUCUACUGAGUGACAAGGACAAAGUCCUGCUGGCAUCCAAGAUCGAGGUUUUGUCCCCAGGGUUCACCAAGGCCUCGCCAAAGCUCUUAGCCAUUGUGCUGGGCGGGAUCUUAGGCCUUCUGCUUUUCGCGGGGCUCUGCGUCUUUUGCUGUGUUAAGUGCUGGCACCGCAGGCGCCAGGCAGAGCGGAUGUCUCAGAUCAAGAGACUCCUCAGUGAGAAGAAGACCUGCCAGUGCCCCCACCGGUUCCAGAAGACAAAUCUCAUUUGAGGGGCAGGGCCAGGGGAGUGUCCCGUUUGCAGCCUCCCCAGCUGCCUUCCCCCGCCUUUCCUGCUGGGCUCCUGGACCUGCGGGCCAGAUGAAUGUAGCAGACCCCAGCACUUCCAUCCCUCUCCCGCUCUCCUUAUCCACACUUGGCCAUGGGUCCUCCCCUUGCAGAGGCUUACACCAUUUCUUCCCCUUUUCCUUUGCGGAAAAGGAAAGCCCUAUUGAUGAUUUCUUCCCAGCUUUCUCCCCCACAGCCCAUUGGUCCCCAGAGAAUCACGUGGGAUCAGCCCUGCCUGGCUUGGAGGGCAAGGCUGGGUGUCUGAAUCAUGAAGCCCAGGACUGUCAUUUUACUGGAUGGGACCUCAGGACCAGAGGGGGCAGGGACCAGCCCAAGAUCACAUGGCCAGAGGAGGGUAGACCCAGACCCAAAGUGGGCUGACUGCCAGCCUCCACUGCUCCAUUCGGUCCGCUUCUCACUCUGUGUUGGCAGGACACAGACUCCCAUCGUGACAUGUGUGCCCACAGGCACCCCUGGACCCACACCCAUGUACAGAGCGCACAUUUGUGCACAAACAUGAUUCUUUACCCCCCAAGUAGUACGUGUCAGUUUCUGAGCCGGUUUCACAUCCUUUGUCUGUUUCAACCUUAAGAAGAGCUUACAGAACUAGUAGUGUCAUGAGCAAGAUCAGCAUCUCCAAUUUAUAGACCAGAAAUGGAACUCAGAGAGGUCAGCGGAUUGCCCAAGGUCACACAGCUUGUCAGUGCCAGGGGACUAGCCCAGGUCUCUGAAUCCCUGGUUCCAGGGCUGUAUCCCAAACACAGAGACAAGUUCCACUCACAUCUCUGCAGCUGAUUAGUCACUGAUGCCCAGGACCCACCUCUGGAUUCCUAAGAGCACACCACCCCAGGCAGGACCUGCCUCAGAGAGUUCAGAAACACAGAAGAGGACCCCCCUCUGCCUAAAGUCCCUCCUCUAUCACCUGCUGGUGGCAGAAGCCUGUUACCAGAGGACAAAGCUGGCAGUUGUCCUAAUCAGAGCACAGGCCCUGUGGGAGAGACUGCCCAGUGACCUACCAUUCACCCUGUUGCAGAACCUUCUGGAAGGUGAGCUUUGCCAGGGGAGGGGGUGGGGAGUUGGCUGGAGAGGGAACGCUUUGAGGGGACCUCCUGUGGAGGAUGACAGAGCUGGGCUUCAGUCCCCCUGCCCUAUACUUUCCUUCAUCCCUCCCCCAGACCAUCCAGGACACAGGAAAAUUGAGGUUACAAGUAGUCUUCUUCCUCUCCUUCUUGAUCUAUUUCUCUGAUCCCCAGCCUCCUCUGCCUCUCCUUCCUUCCCUUUCUCACCACCUGUCUCAGUCCCUACCCCCUCUCCCCAGUCUUCUCUUUCCAGCUUGCCCCUUCCAGGAGGACUCCCGACCGCUUGCUUGUAUUCCAGCCCGCUCCCGCCCCUGCCUCCCUAAGCUGACAGAAAAAUACAAUAAACUUACUGCAAAGAAGA